GGCAACACGUGCUUCAUGAACGCCAUCCUGCAGUGCCUCAGCAACACGGAGCUCUUCGCCGAGUACCUGGCGCUGGAGCAGUUCCGCGGCGCUGGAGCGGCCGCGCCCGGCGCCGCGCCGCCCGCCGAGGUCACGGAGCAGCUGGCGCAGCUGCUGCGCGCGCUCUGGACGCUCGAGUACACCCCGCAGCACAGCCGCGACUUCAAGAAUAUCGUGUCAAAGAAUGCCAUGCAGUACCGGGGGAAUGCCCAGCACGACGCGCAGGAGUUCCUGCUUUGGCUGCUGGACAGAGUUCACGAGGAUCUGAACAACGUGGUGAAGAACAGCGGCACGCCGCCUCUGAAGCCACCGCUGGAGGAUGAUGUGCUGCUUGAGGGACCAGCCUUUCCUAUCAGUAGCACCUUUGUGCAGGAGCUCUUCCAAGCCCAGUACAGAUCGUCUCUGACGUGCCCUCAUUGCCAGAAGCAGAGCAACACCUUCGACCCUUUCCUCUGCAUCUCUCUGCCGAUCCCGUUGCCUCAUACGCGGCCUCUCUACGUCACUGUGGUCUACCAGGGCAAGUGCUCGCACUGCAUGCGCAUCGGCGUGGCCGUGCCCAUCGUGGGAACCGUGCACAGGCUGCGCGAGGCCGUCUCCGCCGAGACCAAGAUACCCACGGAGCAGAUCGUGCUGACCGAGAUGUACUACGAUGGCUUCCAUCGUUCCUUCUGUGACACUGAUGACCUGGACACCAUCCAUGAAAGCGACUGCAUCUUUGCCUUCGAGACCCCAGAGAUAUUCAGGCCUGAAGGGAUCCUUAGUCAGAGAGGAAUACAUUUAAACAAUAACCUGAAUAACUUGAAAUAUGGCACUGAGCAAUCUCGAACAAUAUCUUACUCACAAGGAACAGCAAACUCUGGAAAACUGGAACAGUCCUCUGCUAGACAAGCAGCAAAUGAUAAGAUUGUGUUGCUGGUGUGUAACAGAGCAUGCACUGGACAGCAGAGCAGAAGGUUUGGUUUGCCCUUUGUACUGCAUUUGGAAAAAACAAUUGCUUGGGAUAUUCUGCAGAAGGAAAUUUUGGAGAAGAUGCAGUAUUUCCUGCGGCCUACAGCCUGUAUGCAGGUUUGCCCAUUCAGCUUGCGAGUGGUCAGUGUUGUGGGCAUAACGUACUUGCUACCUCAGGAGGAGCGCCCCCUCUGCCACCCAACAGUGGAAAGGGCAUUGAAGUCAUGUGGACAGGGGGGAACUGCUCAUGUGAAGUUGGUGGUGGAAUGGGACAAAGAAACUAAAGAUUAUUUGUUUGUGAAUACAGAAGAUGAGUAUAUUCCAGACUCUGAAAGCGUCCGCCAGCAGAGAGAGCUUCAUCAUCAACCUCAGACCUGCACUUUAUCUCAGUGUUUCCAACUUUACACCAAAGAGGAACAGCUUGCCCCGGAUGAUGCCUGGCGCUGCCCACACUGCAAGCAGCUGCAGCAGGGCAGCAUCACGCUGAGCCUCUGGACCUUGCCCGAUGUUCUCAUCGUACAUCUCAAAAGGUUUAGACAGGAAGGAGACCGAAGGAUGAAACUUCAAAACAUGGUUAAAUUCCCGCUGAGUGGCCUGGACAUGACUCCUCAUGUUGUUAAACGCAGCCAGAGCAGCUGGAGCUUGCCAUCUCACUGGUCCCCAUGGAGGCGGCCGUAUGGGCUCGGAAGGGAUCCUGAGGACUAUAUUUAUGAUCUGUAUGCUGUUUGCAAUCACCAUGGCACCAUGCAAGGGGGACACUAUACAGCAUAUUGCAAAAACUCAGUUGAUGGCCAGUGGUACUGCUUUGAUGACAGUGAUGUUCAGCAACUUUCUGAAAAUGAAGUCUGCAAGCAGACAGCAUAUAUUCUUUUCUACCAGAGACGCACAGCAAUCCCAUCAUGGUCUGCUAACAGCUCUGUGGCAGGCUCCACGAGCUCGUCGCUGUGCGAGCACUGGGUGAGCCGCCUCCCCGGCAGCAAGCAGCCCAGUGUGGCCUCGGCGGCCUCCUCGCGCCGCACCUCCCUGGCCUCGCUCUCCGAGUCCGUGGAGCUCACCGGCGAACGGAGCGAGGACGACGGUGGAUUUUCAACUCGACCGUUUGUAAGAAGCGUCCAGCGUCAGAGCUUGUCCUCUAGAUCGUCCGUCACCAGCCCGCUGGCCGCGAGUGAGAACGGUGUCCGGCCCUCGUGGUCGCUGUCGGCCAAGCUGCAGCUGCGCUCCAGCUCCCCGUCGCGCUUCUCCGGAGACUCCCCCGUGCAUUCCUCUGCCUCCACCCUGGAGAAGAUUGGGGAGGCUGCRGAUGACAAGGUCUCCACCUCUUGCUUUGGCAGCUUGAGGAAUCUGUCUAGCAGCUACUUGGAACCAUGCGAUGGCAGCCGGCGAGAGCACAGGGCGGCUCGCAGAGCUCCCUUGGCUGUCAUGGAAGGAGCCUUCAGGGAAGAGCCCAUAGCAAGGACAUCCAGCUCRGAUCUUUUAGACAGGUUUGGUAAAAGCUCCAUGCAAGGGGACAGGAAUCACCCUGCUUUGGACCCCUUUGAUAAUAACAAUCAAAUUGCCUUUGUUGAUCAGAGUGAUUCUGUGGACAGCUCUCCAGUCAAAGAGGUGAAAGCCCCCAGCAGCACCGGGCUGGCUCUGGAAAAGGCAGAGGGCACCCCCAAGAAGGCUCACAGCUCCAAGGGAGCCUCUGAGCCGGACAGGAAUUUGAGGAAAGGAAGGACGAUCUUAUCCACUCAAGAGCCCAAAGUCUCUCGUUCCUCUCCUCCAUUAAAGAGCUCCCAGAAGGCUUCCCGUUCCAGGAGCAAGGCRGACUCUUCUAGGGCCAGUGGGCGACAUGGAUCUCCUGCCCCAGGUCAGGCUAAGAAGGAGCACAGCACCAGGGCCCAGGAGGUGGCUGUCCCAUCUGCUCAACAAAAACAAAAGUCAGGUUCUGCAUCCUCCAUAGCUGCCAAGAAAACCCCAUCAGGGUCAGUGACUAAGGGCUCUUCUACUGCAAAGAGUCGGACUUCAGACCGAAGCCUCAGCAGGGAGGGCUCCAAGAUAAGCCUGGGGUCAGAUAAAACGAGUGUUACCAGCAGUUCAAGAACAAGUUCCCCCCGAAUCAGCCACUCGAGGAGUGACAGUAGGACGGCAGAGAGCAAGCAUGUGCGGAGCUCCUCGAUGGCCAACCUGCGGUCUCCUAAUGUUGGUAUGCGUUCUGGUUUGAAGAGAGACAGCAAGUCAGAAGAGAAAGGACUGUCUUUCUUUAAGUCUGCCUUAAGGCAGAAGGAGACGCGGAGGUCAGCAGACUUGGGGAAGACGACAAUGCUCUCGAAAAAGACAGCGGGUAGCUCUUCCAAGCCAGCCAGCAAAAAUGUGCUGGAGGACAAAUCGGAGAAAGGUGUCAACCCACCAGCCUCUCAAACCAAUGCCAAUGUUACUGCGAAAGAAAAGCUGGCCUCAAAAGAUGCCACAUCCACUAAACAUUCUCUGCUGUCUAGUCGCAAGUCCAAGUCUUCCCAGCUAGAUCCUGCAGUCCAGUCUCCUUCCAGUGGCAAGCAGUCUGAGAAGUCGCUGAAAAAAUUACCUUCCAGCAUGCAGGUGUCUGUACGGCCUUCUCUGGAACCUCAGUGAGAUGCUGCAAUCCAGGUGUCUUUUCUUCUGCAGAGAAGCUAAUUUAUUCUGAGCUCUUGUUUUUUGUUCAUGUGCCUAAUGUAUGUUUUGAGGAGAAGUUAACUGCAAGUUGUUAAAGCGCCUUUUGAUUCUGCCAUCAAACCAAAUAGCCACAGGCAGCUAGCACUGAUGCAAGUAGUCUAGCUGAAGUCGUUGAACGUGAACGCAGCUGUCCCAUAGCACUUGUACAGAAGUCUCUUUAUAGAAAAUGCAACAACUUUCUUCAGAUUCAAGGUCUGAAAUCUUGAAACGCUGUUACACUGGCACUAGUGUGCUUUGUAGAGCUGUGAACUGAUGUUCCUGUGGUCUUGUUCUGAGCAGGCUGUGUCCACACUCGUGUAAGACCUCGUUCUGAGCUGUGAAGGAUGCUGAGGAAACUGAAAAGGAGAGACUGCUGCUUCUUUAUGCUUUCUCUCAACCCUCUUUCCCUGCUCCCCUCCAUUUUUUUUCAAGCUUUUUAAAGGGCAAUAUCUCAACACUAAUGUUGUUUCUCAGGUAUAUACUCAGCCAGUAUAGGAGGGACUAGCAUUAGUGGAUGGACAGAUCCAGAAAGGUACCUGUGUGUCCAUGCGCGUAUGUGUUUGUAAGUUUGUUCUAUGUGUUUUUCUUUUUUUUUAUUCCAACAGAGGAAAGUUUGUUUAUAAAGUGAGUAGCAUUUUUUUGUUGCUGUAUCUGUGAAGAGUUUUACUCUAUCCAUACCUAAGAUGACCUCUACCCUGUCUCUCUCUGGUUGCUUUCUCCCGUUUUGAAGUAUUACACUAAGUACCAGCUGGUUGCCUGCUAGUAUCUGUGAAAGUGCAAGGUGGAAGAUUGUUACAGUACCAUAGGAGACAGCUGUCUCACACACCAGAAUGGUGGUGAUAGGACCUCUGUCAUUAAACUCCUGAGAAGAAGCAUUUUCUAAUGUGCUCAGAUUUGUAGAGCUGUGAAUAUAGCAUCUAUUAUCUAUAGGAGUAAUGCUUAGAUAAGUCAAGUGUUGUCUUGUCUUCUCUGCCUUCUCUGAGCAUGCUUUGAACAAGCCUCUUCGUGCAGGUUGCAGGGGCUGUACCAAAAUGCUGCGGAGCAGUUUUUCCGAUUCCCUAGUGCAGUGCCACAGCCUUUUGCUUGAUGUGUAUUUCCCAUGUUCUGGGAGGUCUAGCUACCACAGUGCUUCACCAAAACUGAUCUCGGUUGCUGUUUGGAUGACAGUAUCAGGGUUCAAACACUACAUCUGGUUCCAUCUUUGUUUACAUAGUCCUUUUAAAAGGUAGAUUAAAAGGUGUAAUCUUUUCUUAUUAAUGCACUACAUUAUUAAUAACCAUGUGUGUUAUGAAUAUCACCAACCUGUCUUGUAGCUUCCAACAUAGAGCAGCUGGGCAGUGCUCUGUGCUCACUUCUCUUCUGAAUGAGAUCCUUGCCUGUCGUACAGCCUCAUUUGGCUAAGCUUCUUAAGGCAUAGCCCGUGGACAGCCUUAUUUCUUAAUCCUUUCUGUCACGGUAACAAAUGGCUCCCAAACAAGCGGUUAUCAGCUAGUCUCUUCCAUCUCCUCUCGAUGGCACGUCGAGGACCCUGCAGGAAGCAUUGCUCGGUUUUGGGGUGCGCUGCUGCUCCUUGAUCACGUCAUCCCCAGCUCGCCUGGCAUCUGCAGCAGGUUUGGGAGGAGGGUGUUGUGGGUGCAGCCGUCCCCUUGGAGGAGAGGCACGUGGCUCUGCUGAGCUGGACUGGGGUGCCACGGCUCUGUUCAAUGUGCAGCUGCRGGCCCCUGUGUAGAAUAACCCCCUUCUGGCCUGGGUAUGUGUUUUCAGUGCUCUCAUGCAACCCAGAAGCAAUGCCAGUAGCUUGCAUGUUGUUACAAUAUGCUGGACUAUGUGCCCUGGACUGUAUUUCAAAACCCAAAUGUGAUCAUCUCCUCAGUGUGUUUCUUCCCCCAUGUAUUGUUUCCUUCUCAUCUACUGCAACAACAAAAAGCAAAGGUUAUGUAACUGACUUCUUAAAAGUAUAACUUGGAUAUUCUUGGAUUAUUUUUGUUAUAUUGAGCAGAUAGGAUUUAUUUCACAUUGUACUAAAAUUACUCCCUGAAAUGUUGAUAUUGAAAUAUUUGUUUAAUGCUUUAUUUAUAUUAAGAUCUUGCACUGUGUUGACUCUUCCCUUGUAACAACUCUUCUAGAAAGAAUGUAAUCCUGGUAGCCACUGCUGACUUGGUUGGUAUCUUUUAAUAGACAGAAUGUAGUUUUCUAUGCUUUUUACCAUGGGAUGUUUGCAAAAGGUUACUUUGAUGAAAUAACAUUUCCCUCUCAUCUCAUUCACCGAAAAAGUCUUACAUAGUAUAAACUGGAAGGCGGUUUAUGGUUUUUGAGGUGGUUUUUGUCCCUGUAUUGCAUGCUUUUGCUGAAGGAAAUCUGAAGCCAUGUCCAAGUUUACACUUGAGCCGAAUGCCAGUCCCGUCUGUGUUGGGAUGUGAGUGGCCAUAGAGCUGAUGUCGAGACAAGACGGGACUCCUGGUGCCAGUGCCGGUGUUGGAGCGGGUCUGACCUCUGCAUUCCUGUGGUCUGUCAUCUCAUGGAGCUCCUUCUGAAUGCAAGCUACAUCCCAGGCGAGAUGGGCACAGCCCGACUGCCUGGUGCUUGGGAAGCAUGCUCCCUGUUCUCGUGUCUGUGCCUGUUCCAUUGUGGGAGGUCAUUGCUGCCCCUCUGUGCCCUCCGCUUUCCCGUAUCUCAGGUUUCCAGUGGUCUGUGAAUUUCCYUGCAAAGGAGAGGGCUGAAUGAUGUGGGUCCAGCAGCUGUGCUUGGCUCUAUGCUUGUAAUGCCUUGGGCGCAUCAGUGGCGAAGGAUAAAUGUCCCUGUAAACGAACGUGGUUUCCCGCAGGCCCUCGGCAAAGCCCUUUGGGAAAGGGGAGCAUCAGUCUUUCCUUUYCUUUACAGCGGUCUUAUUUCUUAGCCCUGUGCUGUGCAGGAGCUCCUGUCUGUUACAUGGCCUGGCUGUAGGGAGGUGACGUGAUGGAGCGGGAGCUCUGGGGGUCCUUCCUCGUGCCAGAUCCUGCACGUCCUGGACACCAGCACCUCUCUGGUGUCAGUGUUGAGGCAGCGAAGCCUGCGGCUCUUCUGAAGCAGCCACAAAGCCCGUUUAGCGAGGGAGAUGGGCCCGUGUUUGCUGGAAGCUGGGGUUUGGCUUGGGCAGCAUUGCAGCCCUGCGCCCGCAGCGGUCCUGGGCACGGAGGUGCAGAGCGAGCUGUUUCAGGUCUUUGGAAAGUUUUUAUGAUGUAUUUCUAAUAGACUUUGCUCAAAUUCAUGUGCAUCAGGCCACUCUUGACUCAUAGACAACCACAUCUCUAGUCUGGCACUUGUUCCUCUUCCUGGAAUAAGCCUUUUGGUGCAGGAAAGCAGCACCUUCAUUCCAGAGCUAGAUUACUACUGGAGUCACCGAAAACAAUUUAUUUUUACCCUUUUUGGGCUGUGUUUUUUGAAUAGUGUUUGUAGUAUACAAAUUAUAAGCACAUUUUCGAUGGCAUAUACUAAUGAGGCACCUUCUAUUUGUAUUAAUCACGUUUGGUAGACAAAUUGGUGCCUACAGUCAUGGGUAACUCGUGUCUCACUUCAGAUGUACAAACUGUUAACC